CCGGGUCUAGCAGAAGUUCGAUCAGUGUGGAGGCUGCAGUGAUCAGCUGGGCUGUGGCGGGGCCGACCUCCUCCGCCGCCACCACUCCUCCUCCCACCACACUAAACAUCACUCUACACCAACAUGCCAACGGGAUCGGAUUGCCAUUACUUCCUGUCUCGAGAUGACUGAAGCAACGUGAAGUCGGCAACAAGGAGUCCACCGAUCUAGCACUAUCAAACACCAAAAUGUUGUCCAUGUGUGGGCUUCUGUGUCGCAUGCUGCGAGGCUGGCGACACAGUGAAGCUGUCAUGCUUAUGGCUAAGGCACUGUCCCAGCCUCACUCAUCACUCUUGGUGCAAGACAUUGUUAUUUCUGAUGCAGGCGGGGUAACAGUGAACGAGCCAUGUGGGAGCUCCCCAUUUUGUCAGAACAGCAAUGAAGGCACCUUGGGACAGCAGCUGUGGCGUGACAACAAUAAACAGGCAGUCAUAAUCUCCCCUAAGCAAUGUGUAGACCUACAGCGGUGGACCCUCUUCCUCACCUCUUCUGACAACCCUAGCAGCCCUUCAUGCAAAUAUCAAUUACAGGCAGCCAAUGAAAAUGGGACCUAUAGCACUGAACACUCAGAUGCCUCGGGAACAAUCACAGUUCUUCUUGAAGCUACUUACAGAGAUAGAGAUGAUGAGCCUCCUGUUGAUUAUCAUGUUAUGGUGGAACAUCUGUCCCAGCCUUAUGCUUGGAAAGCUCGGGAUGUAUUUGGAGUGAUUGUGACGACUACACCACCCCAGUUACUCGCCAUGAUCCAAGCUUUCUUCAAUAAUGCUCUUCUUAUUGAUGAUGAUUUUCUUAUUAAAAAGAUAAUCACCAUUGAUGUUAUGGGUAAGCCCGCUACCAUGGAAGAUCCACUGAGCAUCCCACAGUGUGUGACCCCUGGUCCUUGGAAUGCUGACAGGAUGUCUCAUACACAGAUGGAGAUUGCCCGCAGUGUCUCGCCGAGCAGCUACCAGGGUCAGCCACCAUCUGUGGGAUGUGGGAACGUUGGCUUACGAGGCAACUCCCUUCGUCCUCCAUUGCUAUCUACUCUUAUGCGUCAUCAAUCUUCUGGUGAAAGUGCCACAGAUACAUCCACCACUAUUAAUCCUCAGUCAUCCAGUGAUAGUGAUAAACAUCCAUCCAGCCUUGACCCACAGUCAUCUUAUGAUAGUGUCAGUGAUUACCCAACAUCUGAAGCAGAUGAUGUACCGUGUAAUGUCUACAACUUUUACCCAAGAGGAUGGGCCGUUUCAGGGACUCAGAUAAUAUCAGGUCAACCAUUAUCAGUAAGAGGAGUGCUGACCCAGUUGGAAGGAAAACAGCAAAGAAAACCUUGUUCAAUUGUUACCAAUCCAAUGGAAGAUUUGUGGCAGGAAGCUGAGGAUGCCCAGAAAACUCUAGAUGAUAGUUGCACCAAUGAACAAAGUAUUCUUUGUACCAAUGGACCUUCUCAGAGCCUUGAAGGAAGAAGCACUUUACCAAGGGCCAAGAAAAUUGGGAGAGGCUGUACAUACCCAUACAGAUGUCUUCAAGGAAGUGUACUUUGUAAAAGAUUAGAACAAGCAGAACCUGGUAGAAAGGAAAGAGAAAUUGUUAAAGAAGCGGCUGAAUAUUAUCAAAGAGCAUUGAACAGUGCUCAAGAGCGAAAAGAAUGGGCUAAGAAAAGUAUGAGUUCGGCAAGUGAUGAAGAUACUCCUCUGAAUGAAUAUUCUUUUUCAGGCAUUCAAAAUGAGGCAGUUGUCACUCAUGAGCCCAAAAAAUAUCCAGUCAGAAUCAAAAGUGAUGCAGACCUGAGUAGAGCCACUAGUAUCAUCAAAGACAAUCUUGCUAAUAUUGUUCAGAGAUAUCUUGUUAAAUCUAAAAACACUCCAGGUUGUCAAUAUUUCCAUCCCAAAGUUUCUUCAGAAAAUCCAACUCUCAAGCUGUUGUCUGUUGGUGAUGAACCACAGCACUUUGUAGAUGAGCCUAGUUGGAUGCAAGACCCAGAUAGCUACUCUGCCUCAGCGCAAGCAAUACGGGAUGGUCGCCGUGUUGGUAUAACUGUGGUGAAGACUGAGGUAACUGGAGCUGAACUCCUGAGAAACAUUGAGCAAUAUGACCCAACCAUUGCAAUGGAUAAUACAUACCAGGUUGAUGAUCAUAAAUAUGUAAGUAGCAGAAAUGAAGACAAAAUUUUUGUAGGUAAACAAAAUAUAAAUAAAACUGAACUACGUGUUGAAAGCCAUGAUGAACUAAUGUCAAGUGAUAAGUUAAAACUCAAAGUCUUGCCUGCUUUAACUAAUCAGUGCCCCACAAAAAGAAUUGAAUCGAAUCCAAAGAUAUGGAUAAGCAGUGAUAAAAAAUUAAAAAAUAUAUGUGCAGCAAACUGUAAGCAGCCAGUCAGAUCAUCAGGAAGGAGUGAGAAGAAGUUGGUAAAGAGUGAUGAAAUUGUUGCCCCGACAAUAAAGCGAGAAAGUCGUAUAGAUAUUCCUUUCACCACUGAGGAUGAAUCAAAGAGUAUUACCCUCUGUGAUCAGGAAAAAGUUAAAGCUACUACAAUAAGACAAGCUACGAAUUUACACACCAAUAAAACACCUGAUAAAGUUUUUGCUUCUCAUAGGAUGCAGGUCAUUAACACUGAUCUGAAAAAAGCUGAUGAAACACCCACUGAAAUACCUAUAAACGUGCCAACAGUUGAAGGUGACAAAUGUUUUAAUAAAGAUUGUGAGAAGAGUGAUGACAAAUUUAGAGAAAAUAUGAAUCAAAUUCCAGACAAAUUUGCAGGAGAAAUUGCAGACAUAACAGGGACAUGUGAGAGGAUUCCAAGUGAAAUUAUUAUUCAUUCACCAGAUACAAUAAGUGAAGAGAAAUCUAAUUCACUCAUUAUAAAGACUGAGAGAACACUUGAAAUGGUUCAGGAAAAGCAAGAGAAUAAUGCUAGCAAAGUUGUCAUGACUGCAGAAAUGUUUUUGGGCACAGAGAGAGAGGUGCAAAUUGAGGAAAAAGUUAAGGAUUUCGAUCAAUCUCUUAAAGUGAAGGAAACUUCUAUUGGUGAGCCAGCAAUGGAAAGUAUCAGCUAUGUGGACAAAACAUCUGAUAAAAUUGACAGUCAUGCUGAUUCAGUAAUGCUCCAGAAGGAAAUUUAUUCUUUAUCAGGAGCAACCAUUGAACCUAAUCCUAUUACAACCAUUGAUGAUAAUUAUGUUGUGGCUUCACAGAGUGCUGACUUGUGCAUUGAGUCUUCCAUGGGUGUAGAUCAGACGUUUACCGAUAUUCCUAUUAUUUUGGGUGUGAUGCUUAGCAGUAAUCACUUACAAGAGAGUGAAAUAUGUGAUAAAUCAAAUCACUUGAUUACUCUGGAAAAUGAGGAUGUAGCUAUGCUUGAAAGUUCUGAAGUGGGUGAGGAAGCAUCAGAUACAGAUAAUGAUACAUCAACAAUGAAAUUAACACAGAGACCAAAAUGCUUAAAGGACAUUCACAAACUCAAUACGAAGUCAAGCACAGCCAGUGAGAGCUCAUUUGAAUCUUUGCCAUACAGAAUGCUCACUUCCCAGCCAGACAGUCUUUCAGAAGACAUAGCAAUAGAACUAACUCGAGCCCCCCCCGACUCGGAGAAACUGAAAGCUGCUAGACUAGAAUUAAUCAGGCAGGAGCGUAUCAAUGCCAUCUCCCUUCAUAGUAUGUCCCUCAUAGAGUUAAAAGAUGAUUAUAGAUGCAAAUCUGUCUCACCUGAGGAGGAGUUCAAGGCUGACAGUUCAGACAUUUUUGGAGAUAUUUCAAAAUCAAAGAGCACAUUAGUAGAUCCAAAGUUAGAAGCAUCCCCUAUGUACAAUGAAGGACAACAAGAAAUGGAUUGUAGCUCAAUGUUUGAUUCAGGUGUGGAGGUGUUGAUGCAUGAACAAAUGAGCAGUGUUGCAUCAUCUCUUAUAAAGUCAUUUCCCAGUCCUGUUGAGUCUGUUCCUGAAUCAGGUUUCUCUAGUCUUAAAGAACCUUUGGCCUAUGAAGGCACAACUGAAGAUGGUGGAUUUGAAAAUCAUAGAGGAGUCUCUUUCAGCAAAUCAAAAGACAGUCUUGAUCUUACUGACACUGAUCGUUUCCCUGGAACUGACACACUCUCAGAUGAUAUGGAAACUUUUUCUCUGAGUGCUGGAGAUGCAACCCUUGUGGAAAGUGGACCCGUUUCUACAGAAGGAUCAGCAAGGGGAAGUAUCUCGGAUUCAUUACAUCAGGAUAAUAGCCUGCUGAAAGUUUAUCCAAAUGAACCCUCUACUUUGUAUCUCGACUCUGUGGGUAUUCCCAUUACCUUUAUAGAGGAUUCUUCUCAUUAUAAUUUCUGUGAAAUACAUAAUAAGCAUUUAUUUACCCCUAAAUUAUCUUGCUCUUUAGAUUCUACGUCUUCAAAGAGUCUGCUUGAACAAUUUUGUGAAGAGUGUGAAUCACAAGAAGUUGAAUACAGUUGCAAAGAAGUACUGGAGGUGUUGCCAGAUAUUCCAGAAUCAAAUCAUAUAGUGAGGCUGGCUGAGAAAGCUGUCAAGUGUGUGCCUGAGGAUGGGAAUGGAUUGAACAUUAAAACCAGUGAAUCUCUCUCCUCGGAAGAUACAGUUGUAUCAAGGAUGUCAUUUGAAGAUCGUGGUGCAAAAUUUCUUUCUCAAGAGUCACUGGAAGAGCCAAUAGAGGUUUCAGAACCUCUUAAAAUCUCACCUAAUGAUGUGAAAGAUGAGAAAAUUAAAGACUUAAUUGAUGUUACAGUUAAUGUAGUAAAUGAAAAUGUUAGAGAGAGUGUUGAUUCUGUUGCUGAAAUUUCAAUAAAUACUUUAGAUGGAGUUAAUAAAGUGCCAGAUUCUCAUGGUUUAACAACAAUAAUCCCAAAAGGUCAACAUACAGAAAGUCUUCCAGAAGUAUUAAGUGUAUGUAAAAGUGAGAAAUAUUUAAAACAAGUUGAUGCCAAACUGGGUGUAGUUAAGGAACAAGUCACUAACUCAAAAGGAGAUCAAGUGUCUGAAUUAAAUGUGCCUUUUAUUGUUAAGGAAACUAACUUAGAUGAGGACAGUAAAAGUCUAACUGUCAUAGAACAGAAUGAAAUUAAGGCAACAUGCGAAGUAGCAAAUGAAUUCCCUAAUGUUGGAGAAUAUAGUGAAACUGGAUCUUUGCAAAAUAAUAUAGAACUCCAUUUAUCUAUUGCAGAUAAACUAAAAUUGCUAAAUGAUUCUGAGCUUGUUGAUCCAUCAAUAAAAGAAGACUCAUAUGCUGCACUUGAUACCAAGUAUCCAGAUCAAGUAAUUGAAAACAUUUCCCAUCAGUCAGAAAAAUCUAACGAGAUGGAGCUGAACUCUAUUGCAAGCUCUGUAGUUAUAACACAAAGCAAAGAAAUAAAGAAAGAGGAUAAGGCAAUUUGUAACAGCGAUGUAAUUGUUUCAGUGACUUCAGACACCUCCAGGAAGAGUGAUGUUAGUGAAAAAUCAAGUCCAAAUGCUAAUGAGACUUGCAGUACUGGCACUUCAGACAGACCAAGCAGACACUCCAGCAAAAGUGGAAUUUCAGACCUUGAGGACGAAGUCUUCUUACCACCAAAAGAAAACUAUAUAUUUGAUGGUAGACCUGUGAUUUAUUGCCCAAAAAUUGAUAUGGCAAAUCAGAUUGGAAUUUCCCCUCCAAAAGUAGCUAUGAGUGUAUUUGCAGUUGUUCCUUCCAAGCAUGUAAGUGUUGAUAAAGGAGCGGAAUGGAUUGCAGCUAACAAGGAUGACUUUCCUAAGUUUCCUAGUUAUCCAGUGCUUCCAGAACCAGCGAGAAAUCUAAACAUGGAAGAGAAGGAAAUUACUGACAAGUCAGUAACACAGUCAUUGGAUAUUAUUUCUUUAGCAACAUCUGAACCAGCUCCUAAGGAUUACUCUACUAAUAUUAGCAGUGAAGUGCAUUUUGUAAAAGAGGACAUGGAACCAUGCACAACAUCAGUUAAUGUGCUGAACAUAAUCAAUGGAACAUACAAACAAGGCUUACAUGGAUGCACAAAACAAGCAGUUGGUGAUAAAGUGGCCAUUAUAAAUGACAGCUCUGAAGAGUAUAUCUUGAAAAUAAAAAAUGAAGAUACCAUUGCAUGCACAGAAAUUUUGAAUGAUAAUAAAAAUUUGGCUGCUGCAGAACUGCAGCAGCCCAACAACAUGGUUAAGGGAUGUCCUGAAAACAUUGUACAAAAGGAGUUUCAGAACACUAAUGCUAAGUUGACAAGACAUACGUCCAUCUCUUCACCUACUGUAACAAAGGAAUCAAUGAGAAAGGGAGGGCAUCAAUCCCAUUCCUUGGAUAAAGUAAUUGAUGCUGAGUGUAUUCCAAGAAGGGACAUAAAAUUCAUAGUUGAUGAAGAGAAAAAUUACAAAUAUUUACAUGAGAAUAAAUCUGAAUUUAAAAGAGAAGAAAUUUCCUCCACAGGGAGUUUAUUAGUGGAUGAUGGCUCGUCGAGUUCUCGUGAUCAAAUUAACAAAUUUAAUAUUUGCCAGUUAUCUGAGGAUAGAGCACUUGGUGCCGAACAUGAAGUUGGAUAUCCAGGUACUCUCCCGCUUAAGGAAAUGGGCGAACAUGUUAAACCUAAGCUGCUGCGCAUGUCCAAUCUGGAGAGAACGGACACCACUGCAUCACCUACUCAUUGUAUGUCUCGUAAAGUGUCUGAAAAUUCAGACAGUACACCCCAAGAAUCUCCUGUGCUAUCACCUGUUGUGACUCAUGAUAAAAUGAAAGUUCCAUUUUCAUUUACAUGUUUACCUGUGGAUGCAUAUUCUUCAUCAAGCCCUGUGUCUAGGGAGGCAACUGAUGAAGAAAAUUCAGUGAUUGAAAAUAAAAUAGACAUAGAUUUAAAAUUAAGUACAAAGAAAUUUGAUGAGGAAACAAACUCUAAUGCAAAGAUGUCAGAAAAUUCAGUUGAAAACAUUUUGUCCAAGACUGAUGAAUUUGCACCUCAAGACAGUUUGUCUUCAGAGGAAAAUGGAAUAGUGCGAAGGGAAAGUCAAGAUGAAGAAAUAACAAAGGAAGUCUUUAUGGGCUCUGAACCAGAGUUAAAGAAAUAUGGUAGUGAAGAGUCUUCAUUACUAACACUUGAUAGUCAUGGGUCAUCAACUUCAAAGGGCUACCUUGAGCCAGAUCUAAGGUCUGUUAGCUCCAGCUGGGGUGCAAGUGGGUCAUUAGAGUGCCUUGAUAGGGACAAAAGUGAGAAAGGGUCUCAGUCUCGCAGGCAUGGAUCAAUAACCACUGCAAAGUCAGAAGAGCUUGGUAUGAAAUGUGAUCAAGUAAGUUUAAAGUCACAGGGGUCUUUAGACAAAUUUCCUCACUUUGAUCAAGUCACCUCCCAACAAAAAGCAAGGGGAGCACGUAAGAAAAUUUUGUCUGUUGAUAUUGAAAAGAAAGAAAAGAAAGAUUUGAAUAAAGAGAUGCAUAGGAGUGUCACUCUUCCUGCAGGAUCAAUGGUUCCAAGUAAAAAAGAUGAUAAGAAGAAAGAAAAGGAAGAGAAAAGUAAGAAAAAGAAAAAAGAUAAGGAAGGUUUAGGAAAUGGUGAAAAGAAAUCGGCAAUGUUAUCACUGAAGGGGUUGUUAAAGAGAAAUAAAUCUAAAGAAAAAGAGAAAGAAAGAGAUAAGGAUUCAUCUCAGGAGAAGCUGUCAUCUCCUUCUUUAUUCAGAAAGCUUGAGAGGAAGACCAAAAGCAAUUUCCAGUCCCCACGUCUUGAUGAGUGGCGACAUGGGGCGAAAGGUAAUGUUGGCAAUGGUUCUAGUAGAGAUGUAGAAAAUGCCAAAUACAGCCCUGUAGCAACCAAUGGUAAAACACGCCCUGUAAUUAGUGGUCCUGUUAGUAUGCACCAAGUAGGUAAUAUGACAGGCAUGGGUGUAACAGAUACUACCUGUAGAGGCAGUGGUGGUAUGACAGCUUCUGGAUCUGAUAGUGACAGCCCAAUUGGGAGCCGUCAAACUUCUCCUAAGCGUAUCUUUAGCCAUCCCCGUAUGGCUAGUCUUGGCACCCAACCAUCUCCAAGAUUGUACAAACAUGUGCUUACUCGACAUCUUUCAAGCAGCCAAGAGUCUGUAGACAACCCUCUUUUGUCAUCAACACACUCAUCACCUCAAGCAUCUCCUCAUACAUCUCCUAAAAGAAUGGUCAUCCCUGCAUCUGCUUCCUCAUACAGUCUUCCUGCCAGUAGAGAUAUGAGUCCUCCAGCCCCAGUCAUGGGAACUCGAGCCCUCAGAGGAUCCAGUAAUAGCUUUUCAGUUACAAUAGGAUUCAAACCUAAAGUUGAGAAGCGCAAUAGAACUAUGAGUGAAGGAGCUGACCUUAAUAAUGUUUCACUUUCACCAGUAUCUAAAAGGAAGGAGGGCUCACGUAUAUUGACACAACUCAAUAAACGGUCAUCUUCUAUGGAAAUUCUUGUGUGUGGUAAAAUCAGGGAACAUUGUUCACAAAGUGGAAAAUCUUCAGGCGGAAGUCCAUUCUCUCGAGAGGGAAGUUUCCGCUUGCACAGAGAGAUUUCAGUAGAAACCUUGUUUGAACUUCCAGAAACAAGUCCCAGAUCAAACAGGACACAGGAGGAGUAUCAGGAGUAUCUAAAUGAAAUUCAAGCAAGGAAUGACUCACAUCAUGGGUCAUCUUGGAGUUUAGUUGAGGAGUCAGAUAUGGAAAAGGUAUACCCAGACAUCACUAUUAGGCGAAACUCUCACCAUACUCCAAUUGGGAAAAAACUCAGUCUACCACAUAACAUGCAUCUUUCAGGAUUACACAAUGCAGCUUCGUCAAAUCCAAAUCUUCAACGAAAUGGAUCGCCAUUUGUUCGAGGUGUUCCCCACAGCUCCAGUUUCACCUCCAGCCCCUUCAGGCGGCCUCAUUCAUCUGCAGCUGUAUUUUCUCCAGCCAAACGUGUUAUGUCUACCUCUGCAGGUGGAUCUCCGUCAAGUGAUGCCACUCCAGGAGCCCCACUCAUGCGUGUGGAAGAGGAGGGACCGUGCCGAAAGAAUCUUGACAAUGUCACAGAAAAGCCUCCUAAUGUUCUUGUUUAUGCUGCAAACAAAACAGAAUAUUUUACAGCAGUUAAGGAGACCCUCCUGAAUUGUCUCAAUGUUGAUAGGUACACAAUAUACCAGCUGACUGAUGAGAUGGCUUUUAAAUCUCCUUGGGCUGGAAGUACUACCUUGUUAGUGGUGUGUGGUGAUGUCCCAGCGCAUGUAUCAACAGUCUUCAUAAGGUAUCUUUUGCAAGGAGGUCGAGUAUUUUCAGUAUGCUCAGAUUUCCUCAACAUGGCCGUCCCUCUCUUUGCUUUCGAGCUGCCCUGGACCUCUAGCCUUGUAGCCUCAGGAACUGUAGAAGUUCAAGAGCAAGCAGUUGUUUCCAUCAGCUACCGCCGCUGGUCCAGUGUUCACCUGCUCCACCAUCAACACUGCUUUCAUUCUUCACCUCAACACAAGCGCUUCUCUCAAGACAUGGAAAACAUUAAAGGCAAAGAUAUGAGGUCAGCCAUAAGUGUCGAGCCGACUCAUGUAGAAAUUAUUGAUGAAUACGGAGGUCAGCACCGUCUAGACCUGAAGAUACUAGCUACAGAUGAUACCUGGGGAGCACCAUCCCUGCUUUCUGCUAAGGUUCAUGAUGGCAAGGGCUCGGCAGUCUUCUCGCAGGUGCAUUUGGAGCGUGAUCCAAGAGAAUGUUUUGCUACUUCCGGAGUCAUUAGUAAGCUUGCCAUUAGCAAUGAAGCCCGACUGGAGAUAUUGAGGGAUCUAUUGUCCACUGAACUCUCUCUCGAUACCACAAUGUCCUCCACAGUUACUACCUAUAGUCCAGCAUAUUUCUUGGGAAGGCAUGAGCUGAAGCAAACUCUCCUAAAUACAUUGAAACCACACAUGGAGGGCCAGGAACUGAAGAGGCCUCAGCUGACUAUCCAGUUUGUGACCUCAGGGAUGGCAGCCAGACAAGCAGAUGAGACUGUGUUACCACUUCUCAUGAGUGCUUGCCCUUUGACUUUUUCUACUGUUAAGUAUUUUGAGGCUCUAAAAACCUCGGCUAUUGGACGCCUUGUGAUCUACUGCGAUGUGAUGACUUCCAGCAUGAAAGUAACGGCGGGACACCCACCUCUUAUUCAUGGCAUAGUGGUGCUACCAACACAACAGACCCAUGGAAAGGGUCGUAGUGGGAACAGCUGGUUGUCACCGCUAGGCUGUGUCAUGUUUACAUCUCAGCUCCACAUAGCAUUGUCCUCCAAUCUAGGCCAACACCUGACAUUCCUGCAACACCUUGCAGCUAUGGCAAUAGUGCAGGCUGUCAGAGAGCACCCAGGAUAUGCUGAUAUACCAAUUCAUCUUAAAUGGCCAAAUGAUAUCUAUAUUGGCACAAAUAUCAAAAUAGGAGGAGUGAUUGUUGAGGCAACAACAGUUGGAAGUGAAAUUAUAGCAAAUGUUGGUUGUGGAGUAAAUCUGUCAAACAGCAAUCCGACCUAUUGCAUUAAUGAUGCUAUACGCCAGCACAACAAGGAACAUAACACUUCUCUCUCUGAACUGGAUAGAGAAACAUUUUUGGCUAGGAUCUUCAAUUAUUUUGAAGAUCUUAUUGAAACUUUCCAAGUUAAAGGUCCUGGAGCAGCUCAACAUAUUUAUUACAAGUACUGGCUACAUAGUAAUGCAACAGUAACAGUUCAAAAUGAGCAUCGCCGAACAGAGUCUGCAGUCAUUGUUGGGGUGGAUAACUAUGGGUUCUUAGAAGCACAACUUGUGUCAGGCACAACCAUCACUCUUCAGCCAGAUGGAAACUCAUUUAAUAUGAUGGAUGGACUCAUCUAUUCUAAACUUCAUUAAAAACUUCUCAUGGAAAUUGAAGGAAGGAAAAUAUAUGGACAUUGAUUUUGUAAUAAAUUGUGAUGGGCAGCAAAGUAUUCCACUGAACAUGAUACUAGUUAAACAAGCAAAGGCAAAAAGUGUUUGUGAAAGAUGCAUAGCUGCUGUUUCCACCAAAUUUUUUUAAGUGAAAAAGUGCUUAUUAUUCAAGUUUCUACAUAAAAGCAAACCAUUGUUAAUGGUCACAGGUUUAUUUAGCCUAAAGUAUAAUUUUCUAUAUCUACCAAUAAUGAACAAAUUUGACUAGGAUUACCUGUUUUUAAGUAAGUAAAGAUUAUUUUUGUUUGGCAAUGUUAAUCUAACAGUUUUUGAGGAGACUCAACUUGACAAGAGGACAUUUUGAUAGAAUAACCAUACGAGCCUAAAAUUAAAACAUUAUUUAGAAGUAUAGAAUAGAGGCAUCUCUUGGUAUGUUUUGAAUUUACAGGUAAAGUAUAUAUUGCAAUAAAAUGAAUGGAAUGAAUAUUGCACAUUUUCAGCUGUGAAUGAUGAAGUUUGUUUUUUGUACACGUUGCAAGGUGAUGUUAGGACCACAAGUAGCUGGAAGUAUUUUGCUGAUUUUUAACCCUAGUUAAUGUAUUUGUUUUGAAAGUAUGAUUAGAGUUGUAAUGUGUUAAUUAUGACUCCCAUCAAUAAUAAGGAAUAGGGAAUAAUGAAAGAAAGCUGUUGAUAAAAGUAUUCUUGCCCUAAAUUGGUUUACUUAAGAGAUUAAAUCUUUGUACAAAUUACUCCAUUAUCAGCUCAUCUCUUCCCUCUUGAAAGCUCCAAAAUGUUUGUUGUAAAUACUAGGACUAAAAGUUUCAGUGCUCUUGAAUACAUGUCUUUGAUUGUUAUUCCAUGGUGGUGUGUAUUAUGCUUGGCACUCCCAUUCAUUCUCAAAAUCCAAGGUUGUGUAUCGAGGGGGAGACAUUCAUUUUCAGUUUCAUGGGUGCAUAUGCUCAAUGAAAGGUUAUAAAAUACAAGUUUUGCUUUGGGCAUUUCCUCUUGAAGAAAGAUUUUUUGUGACAUUCACAUAUUGUUUUAAAGACUAAACCACACACCAGAAAAUGAGAUGACGACAACGUUACAGCCCAUCCUGGACCAUUAUCAAGUCGAUUGUCAUAUUGACUUGAUAAUGGUCCAGGAUGGACCGAAACAUUGUCAUCAUCUCAUUUUCUAGUGUGUGGUUUAGUGUUCAUAUUUUGAGCCACGUUAUUGUGACUCAUCGUCUGUAUAUUGUUUUAACUUAUUCUACUGACUUCCUGUAAUUUGUUGAUAUUGACCGAGGUAUAUAUUCUUCAGUGCCUUGAAUUUGUUGUGGCAUCUACUUGGUACUUGUUAUCUUACACUCCUUCAGUGUAAUAACUCAACCCGUUCUCGCAAAUUCGUAAAGUCAAUAUUGACUUAUUAACUACGUGCAUAGGUGAUAUACUAAACAUAAUAGAUACCCUUAAAAAGAUUCAUAGA